CUUAGCCAAAAAAUAAAUUUAAAAAAAACAGUGGAGUUGCAAAGGGUGUAAGAAAUGGUAGAAUCAGAAAAUGUACUGGAUGAAAGAGUGACCUGUAAUUGUUUCAAGGUGUCCAAUAUUUAUCAAGUUAUUUUUAAGAGAUUCAAAAAGACUGAAGCGCAUUGAUGGGAUUAUCUUACAAGAGAUUUGAUAAAACAGCUUGUCUUGGCCAAGAGCUUCUCCUUAGGGUGUCUCCGUAAAGGGUCUUUGAAGACAGUGGCAGUUUUGGAAGGAAAUAUUUUCUAGAUGAUAUUGGAUAUAAACUUGUCCUUUGUCUUCACAGAGUGGGCAGGAGGAGUUGUCUUAGCCAUUAAGCUUUGCCCCAGUAUUUCAAGGUAGGUGUAAUUCAGAGUGACAUCCCCCAAGUGCAUUGGAUUCUGCUAUUUCCUCUGCUGGAUACUGUAGCACCUGAUAAAUACCUUUAGUUGCUGUGAGUAAACUGGACCAAGAAAGAGGAAAAACAACUACAGAAAAAAUUCAUAGAUACUGUUUUUCAGUCAUUUCAGAAAGGUGUAUUGCCUCACUACAUGCAUUCAUGUUGUUCUUCAUUGACCUGAUGUGUUACGGGCUCAUGGUCUACCAGCGGCUCCAUGGGUCUUUUCCCACACAGACACAAGCAGAGAAUCCAAUGCGUUCACAGCAGCAGCCUCUCCCCUAGACUUUCCCAUGAGACCAAAGCACCAUUCUUAUCGUGCUGAGGAAAAAAGCUGCGUUCACCAUUCUCAUUCUGGUGAAUAUGUUGUCUGUUUUUACCCUCUCUUUUUAUUUUAUCUUUUUGGAUAACUCUGAUUAUGAACCCACACCAUGGUCUAAUGAACGCCUCUGCAAAGGUACUUUCAGGUUUCCCGACAUUCAUCCCUUAGUGCUUUAUGGCAGUGACACUCAGCUCUCUCAGUUUAGCUUUCCUGUUGGGCAAGGAAAACAAAUAUUCUGAGUGUAGCUCCUGGGCUAUAAGUUCUCUCUAGAACACCCCGCCAUGUAUUUAAUCAGCUUUAUAUAUUUGUAGGCUCAUGUUUUAUGUCAUUUCAUCUUCCAGAAGAUUUUGACUCAAAAUUGAUAACAGUGAUAAUAGCUCUGCUUUGUAUUACAUGUAGAGUAUAAAAACACGAAAGCUACUCAUAGUUAUUCAAAAAUAAUUUUCUAAAGGUAUAUAAUGUUAUUCACUACAGGUUCAGGGAAUUUUAUGAUAAUAUAGAGAAUGUUCAAGAUUUAGGAGUGUAGGUUAUAACAGCACUUUAAUUUAAACGUUAAACUUUAUGUUGACACUUAAGAGAUUUAUUUGAAUUUACAAAGCAUAGUGGGGAAAAUAGAUGUUUCAUUUGGAGAGCAAAAGACCUGGGAAUACUCUUGAGCUGUAAAGUCACAUAUGGAAUUCAAAGACUGAAGGAAGAUCGAUGUGUUUGUUGUAUAGUGUGCGAUGGGAAGAGUGAUGAGAAAACAAGCAGAGGAAGCAGGUGAAGGCUUCUUUUGCCAGGUAUCAGAGGAUAUCUCAGUGAUGAGAAUGAUCCGAACUUUUUGUAGGGAAGAUGAUGAGCUUGUGGGGGAUUAGUCAGGUGGGAUAAUAAUCAGUGUUUUAUAUGAUAACAAGUGUAAGUAUUCGAUUCAAAUAAAUUUAUUAAACUCUACAUUUUAGCAUCAUUUAAUAUUUGUUUUAAUUGAAAACUUUGUGUUUGUUUGAAGCGAUGCAUUUACAGUAUUUAAUAGGCAUAUUUUGGAAAUUACGCUUUUAUGAAAGUGAAUUUUAGAAAUUGUGAUCUAUUGGCAAUUGGAGGAUACUUUUAAAAGUUGAAUGCUCUUUUGCUCUUUAUUACCCAACUGUAGUAAGUUAUUUGCCUUUUAUUACCACUAACAUUUAUUAACAUAAUACCUGUCUAAUGUUGAAGCACUAACUCACAAAGGGCCUGUUUUUGGACAUAGGGCAUUUAUAGAGGUAAAUAAGGAUAAGUGAGAUUAUAAGGGUGUGGCUGUAUUCCAUUAAGACUGGUUUCCUUCUGUUGACAAAAACUCAAUUAACAAUCAAGAAGAAAAAAGUUAACUUUAUUCAAUUAAACAGGUUUAUAACCCGGGAGACAGAGUCUCAGAAUGUCUGAGAUCUGUUCGGCCUGUUAGAAGUUGAAGGCACAAUGAUAUACAUUUAUGAGACAAAGGAUCAUACAACAAAAUGACAUGCUGACAUUUUACACAAAGUUCAUAGGCCAAGUAAGCAUGUACAAAGCAGUCAGUGAGUCACCAUAACCCCCAAUAGAGUUGGGAAACAAUGCUAAUCUUUUAAGAAGUUACAUUGCUAGCAUCAGAAGAAAGGGGGAAAAAAUUGAUCUUUGCAGUCAAGAAAGCAUUCCCAUCUUUGAGGAAGACUAGUUAGUGUGUAAUGCAGAAGCACACUGCACAUUAAGGAGGUAGAGAGGCCAAAGCAGAAAAUUUUAUGUUUAAAUUUUCUUGUCCUGCCUUGAAAUAUAAAUUUCAUUGCAUCACUCAUAAGAUGAGGGAUAGACACCAGGAGUAUGCACACGGGGAGAAAAGGCCAUGUGAGGACAGAGCAAGAAGUUGGCUACCCAAAAGCCAAAACAGAGGCCUCAGGAAAAACUAUACUUUUUGACACCUUCCUGUUAGACUUUCAGCAUCCAGAACUGCAAGAAAAUUAAUUUCUGUUAUUUAAGCCACCCAGUCUAUACUCUUACUAAACCAGUUUCAUUUGCCUGAUGCACAGCAAGCCAAACGCUGAGACGCUGAGGUUUGCAGCAGAGAAACUGUUUAUUCAUAAGGCAGCCAAGCGAGCAGAAGCAAAGACAAAUCUCAGAUUCACCUCCCCAAAGGGGAGAGGCUAGGAAUGUUUAUGGGAUAAAGCUGGGUGGGGGGAUGGGAAUUGAAGAUAAGAAAAGGUGAUUGUUGUUCUGCACAGGUAAAAGUAAGCUACAGAUUUUUUCAUGAGACACCUGUUCAGAAAAUGGCAGUGUUAGCAUGUUCUGAGGGUGGGCUGUUGGCCCUCUGACAUCAAAAGGUCACUGAGCCGACAUUUGCACAUGCCCAGAUGGAGGGUCAGUGGUCUUAACCAGUUUUAACCAGUUCGAGCUCAAACUGGACACAGCUGACUCCCGAUUUCCUAAAACACAACUUGGGCAAAGAUCUUAUUGUUUAGGCUAUUUGCCGCUUGGGAGUACCCGCAAGUUUUUGUAAAAGCAAAGUGAGUUUGAUCAGUGAAGGCAGGUUACAGUUUAUAACUUAUGACUACCCAAGGUUUCAAUAGUAUUAAAAUGUUAUGGCAGCCCUAGCUGACAAACACAAUUCUCAUUUAAUGUUUUCUCGUCACCAAAUAAAUGAGCUCAACACCCAAGAAAUAUAGUUAGGCCUACAACACCACUUCUGCUGUCACAGUAAAGUCUGCCAUCAGACAACUGAAGGAAUUGAAGGACCAUAGAAGCACCACCAUUUGAAACCUUGCUAGCCUUUAAUAAAUGGGUAGAUUUGUGUAACAAACAAACAAACAAACAAAAAAAAUAUAUAUAUAUAGAGAGAGAGAGAGGAUUACACAAUUGUAACAAUUCUAAAAAGGCCACAAAAUAAAAAUUAGCUUUUAUACAAUUUAGGGCGUUUAGUUUGGCAGUUCCUAUUUUUCUUCCACUUUUGAUGAUCCUGUUCAUUUUUGCUUCUACUCCUCAAAAUGACUGAUAACAUAGGCAGGGGAACCGUUUUCUGGGGGAACCAGAGGCAGAGCUCCUGCUUGUCCAUCCGCUUCAGGGCAGCCUAACAUCACACUACUUGCUUUUCUGUCAUGGACCUCAAUGGACUCUUUUUUCUUCUUCCUGACCAAACAAACUGAAACUUAAAAAACUGAGUAACACUUCAGACCACAUGCAUUUGAAGAGCAAUAAACAAUGUUUCUAGCUAUGUGUGGAUUCAUUUUAUAUACGAAUGACUGGAAUGAUACGGCCAUUUAGAUGAGUAGAUUUGCGAGCAUCGCAAAUAAUUGUUUUAUCCUCUAGGAGCUGCCUGGGCUUAAUGGAGUCUGAAAUAAUGUCUCUUCGCGGCCUUUAACAACGACCAAAGCCCCUCCCUCCUUUGAGGUAGGAACACCACCAGCAGCGUUCCUCAAGGGGCUGCAAAUCCAAUGCUCCUGUUGAACAUUAUGAACUAGAUUCGCCGCGGCCUCUGGAGCGCUGGGAACUACAUUACCCUGAAGGCACGGGCCGAGAGGCAGCAACGGCCAAUCAGGGUGAGGGGUUCCCGCGCGUGCGCGUCUGGGCGGGACUUCCGGCGACCCCGUUGUGGCGGUCAUUUAUGCUCCCCUCCGGUUUCGCGCUCCGGAGCGUUGUGUCAGGAUCGAAGUGACUGGACCGAGAAGAUCCGAGAGGAGGGCCUGUUCCCGCAACACAGAGGCAGGUCUGAGGCUAGAAGACGCCGCCCGGGGCAUCGCGCGUCAAGCCCGGGAGACUGACCGCUGUGCCAGCGUCUCGCCUCAUCUCCCGCAGCUCCCGGGCCCGCUCCGUCCACCGAGUCCGAUGGCGACGGCGGCGCUGAGGGACCCGCCUGAGAAUGGUGUGACCUUUGAGGACAUUGCCCUGUACUUCUCCUGGGAGGAAUGGAAGCUCCUUGAUGAGGCUCAGAGACGCCUGUACCAUGAUGUGAUGCUGGAGAACUUUGCACUUAUAUCUUCACUGGGUGUCUGGAGUGGAGAAGAGAAUGUUGAGGCAUCCUUUGAACAGAGUGUUUCUGUGGUAAUGUCACAGGUCAGGACUUCCAAGGAACCUUCAUCUUCCCAGAAGACUCACCCCUGUGAGAUGUGUGGUCCAGUUUUGAGAGACAUUUUCCAUUUGACUGAGCAGCAGGGAGCACAACACAGCCAGAAACUAUUCAAGUGUAGGGCAUGUGCAAAAGGAUUUUAUUUCAGUGCAGACACUCAGCAGCACCAGGAGCAACACAUGCAAGGAAAACCAUUCAUAAUCGGUGUGGACAGGGACUUAUUUGUGAAGAGCAGCAAUUUCCAUGUGUCAGGGGAGACUUUUACCUGCAAGAAAGUUGCAGAGGACUUCCUAGCCACCUCAGGACAUCUGAAUCAACAGGCCAUUCACACUGGGGAAAAGCCAAACACAGUCACCCACUGCAUGGAAACUUUACAAAGCAGAAAAAGUCAUUGCACCAGGGGAGAAUGCAAGAAAGGCUUCAGCCCCAAACACACACUUGUUCAGGCCCAGAGUGCCUACACUGAAAGACAAUGUUUUAUGUGCAGUGAAUGUGGGAAAACAUUCAAGUAUAAAUCCUCAUUUGUUGUGCACCAGAGAAUUCACACUGGUGACAGGCUUUAUGACUGUGGCGACUGUGGAAAAUCUUUUAGGGGAAGCUCAGCCCUCAUUCAACAUCGAAGAAUUCAUACUGGGGCAAGGCAGUACAAGUGCAGCAAAUGUGGGAAAUCCUUUAGCCAAGAAUUUGUCUUCAUUUAUCCUCAGAGGAGUCACACUGGAGAAAAUUGCCACAUUUGCCAUCAGUGUGCACAAUCUUUUAGCCAUAGCUCCAUCUUUUUUCAACAACAGACAGUUCACACUGGAGAAAUGAGUUAUGAGUGCACUGAAUGUAGGAAGUCCUUUAGACGAAAAUCUGACCUCAUUGAACACUGGAGGGUUCACACAGGAGAAAGGCCUUAUGAGUGCAGUGAAUGUGGGAAAUCUUUUACCUCUCGUUCCACCCUUCAUUAUCAUCAGAGAGUUCACACAGGAGAAAAGCCUUAUGACUGCAGCGAAUGUGGGAAGUCUUUUAGCCGAAAAUCUAACCUCUCUCAGCACCAGCGAGUUCACACUGGAGAAAGGCCUUAAAUGUGUAAGAAAUGUGUAAUUUCUUUGUUCAGUGUAAUGACAUUGGAUGAAACUGUGAGGCACUAGUUGUCCCAUGCAUCCAAACAUCAGGAGUAGAGAGAUUCCUCAUAAUUUUCAGUUUUGUGGGAAGCAUGUGUGACUGUGUUACACUCUCUAACCUACCCAGGGCUCUUGAUAGAUUUAUGUCACUGCCACUUUCUGUAGCCAGAUCCAUUUCAUCUCUAUAAGCUGGCACGUCCCCACAGUGUGCAUCAGUCAGUACUGCAGUGUGCUCAGGGAAGCCAACUCUGUUCUCUCAUUUCUGGGAGGAAAUUAGGAAUAACCUGAACCUUUAGGAUUCCCUUUCUGACCAGCUUGGGCAUGGGCCUGACCUACUAUUGGCCCAGAGAACAUCAUAUGAGUUAAUCUGGCAGCUUCCAGAGAAGGAUUACCAUUUUCAGGGACACGUUGGUCUCAAGAUACUUGUGAUGAAUUUUUAUACCUUCUGAGUCACCAGCUAAAGAACUGCCAGCCAUUGCUGGCAGAUCUGCCAGAACAUUGCUUUCGUUUGAACAGUAACAAAGACCUUACUGUUUAAGUCCUCUUUAAUCUUGGACAUUCUAUUUACCAAAUAGGGUAGGUUAUAAACAGAUUUGGGCAUGAAGGGGCGAGCAACUUUUAUGGGGGUAUCAAACUUUCUAUGCCUCAGAGGAGACAUUACAAAGGCAGAAAUUAACUUACUAGUUUUUGCCAAAUUUGCAUUUCUGCCCGUGGCCUCCUAGGAAAGACUGCAGGACUUUCUUGUCUUCUUUUGAGGCCUGGAUGCUAUGAGUUUUAGGAGACUCAGAGGGCACCCUGAGGAGGGGUCCAGUGUGACAACCUCAACUGCUUCUGGGAGCAGCAUGAAUUUUUUCCCUUGUUCACAGGGCAUGUCAGCAAUGCUGAGGGAGCUCUCUUCCCCAGGUCUUACAAAGAGCCAGGCAGAUUUUUAAAAAAAGAGAGAAAAGGAGAAUCUGUAGUCCACAGAUGUCUCUUGUGACCCAGGCUGCAUUCCUGUUGACUCUGGUGGAAAGUCAUUGCUCACUCUAUUUGCUGUCUUUGAGGUAAGACUGACCGCCAGAGGGCAUGACAAAGUGGAAUGAAUGUAGGAUUGCCAAACCUAUUUUCCCAAAACAGUUGGACAUAGUUGUUUUUUUUUUUAUCUUGAAGCAUUUCAAAAGCUAUUUGUUAUCAGAUAGCUCUGACAUAUGUAUGGAACUGAAACCAUCAUUGUAGUCAUGGUAAUGACUGUAUCUGUUACUGUAUAUUUAUCUCAUGACCUUUUAUAAUCUCUCUCUUCUUGCCCCUCACACCCCUUCAAGUAACCAUUGAUUUACUUUCCUUUAUAAUAUGUAACUUUCCACUUUCUAGAAUUCAUGUGAUGGGAAUCAAAGUAUUUACUAUUUUUCCUGCUUUUAUUUAUGUUGCAUAAAUACUUGGAGAGUCAUCAAUGAUAUAUAAGCAGCUCAUAUUUUUUUUUCUAAGAAACAUUCUUAUAUUUGAAUAUACCACUAUUUAUCCAUUCAUUUGCUUAUGGACAUUUGGGGUUUUUCUAAUUUUUGACUAUUGGGAAAAAAAGCUGGUACAAGCAUUUGUGUAUAAGAUUUUAUGUCGAUGUAUGUUUAUCUUCAGUAACUCAGAGUGCAAAGUUUGAGUCAUAGGGUAGGUGAAUGCUUAACUUAAACAGACUAGCAAAUUGUGAUCUGAACUAAUUAUACCUUUUUCUUUUCUUCUUUUUUUUUCUGAUCGUGCUGCACAGCUUGCGGGAUCUUAGUUUCCCAACCAGGCCUCAUCAGUGAAAGUGCAGAGUCCUAACCACUGGACUGCCAGGGAAUUCCCAUUUUUUUCAUUCUUACCAGCAGUGUAUGAGAGCUCCAUUUCUUCCACAUCCUGGUGAAUAUUUCAUUUGUUCAUUCUUUUUUUUUUAACAAACAUUGUCACUUUAUUAUAUUGUACAUAUGAGUCUUUCUACAUAAAUGGGAUAAAAGAUAACAUUCCAGAAUAUUAGUGUUUUUAUUGGGAAUGUGUAUUUCUUUUUUUUAUUAUUUGUAUUUUUUUAUAGUCAAUCAUUCUUAAUUUUAACCCUUUUUGUAAGUUUGUCCAGCUAUAUAACUGUUGUUUUAUUUGCAUUUCCCUAAAGAUUCAUGAUGAACAUUUCUUCAGAUGCAUAUUUGCUACCUCUGUAUCUUUAGUGAAAUGUUCAUAUCUUCUGCCUAUUCUGUGAAUUUUGGCUAUUUUCUUCCUUUCACAAAAGAACAGUGAAACAGCCAAGUUGUAUUGGAAUUUCACUCAUUUUGUGACUUUUUAAUUUAUGGAAUAAUUGUUUUUAAUACUGGAAUAAUAUGUUCUAAUUUUUUCAAUUUUUUAUGCUAUGUGCAAUGUAAUGGAAACAUAUACCAUAUACUUUUAAUUUUAAUCUGUGUUAUUAAUGUACUCUCCAUCACUUUCUAAGGUCCAGACAUUUAAUAAUACCACAAACCCUUGCUUAGUAGUGUUCGCCCCUUUGCCUGGUCUAUCAUCAUGGGAGUUGGUGGGUUGGAGCAGAACUCUUGGUGAGGGAGACGAGAUGGCAUCAGGAUGAACAGGGUGUUUUUUGAGUCCCAAAGCCUAGCAGGACUGGAAAUAAGGCAGUAAUCAGACUCCCCAAGCCCUGGGUCAGGCAGCCUGGGUUUGAAUCCUGAUCCCAAAAUAUUGUGACUCACAGGCAAAUGACCACCCACUCUGGGCCUCAGUUUCCCCCUUUGUAAAACAGGUAUAAAACAGGUAUAAGUUGUGGCUCUACCAGUGAGCUCUGGGAGGUGAAGAGCUGAAACGUGGCUAUACCCGCAACCUCGUUGGACCUAGGCAGCACUAGCCUCUGCCUUCCGUGACAUUCCCUGGCCAGGCACCCCUCAUUUUCCCCAAAGUCCCUGGGUACAUUUGGGAAAGAAAUGGGGCUUCUCAGAAGCCACUGACCCACCCACCCCACGCACCCACAAGGAGGCAGAGGCUGUACUGACAUCUCAGUGUGGGUUCCCCACCUGGGAAUCUCUGGACAACUUGCUAGAGCUCCCUGAGUCUCAGUUUGCCGACUCACAUGGAGGUGAUGAGGCGCUUACCUUGGUUCCUGUGAGGAUUAAUAAAAGUAACAAAAUACUGAGUACCUAACGGUGCCAGGAUUCCAGGGUUUGCUUUAUGAACAUAUUCUCUUUAAUUCUCACAACCCAAGAUAGUGGGAACUAUUAUUGUACUGCUGGGGAAAUCCAGGGUCAGAAUGAUGUUGUGGGUUCCCCAAGGUCACACAAUGGACAAGUGUCUGAUUCAAGAUGCUGGAUUCAUACCCCUAAGUCUAGCUCCAGAGCUGGGGAUGUUUAAUCCCUUUACCUCAGCACGUGAAGCACUCAUCCCUGGGCAGGCACGCACAGAGUUCCAAGGAGUCUCAGCUGCUGUUACCUUUGUUGGAAUUAUCAACAUGACCAUUUCCCCACUUACCACCUGCCCUCACAGUUCUCACAGGAAUGCCCUUGUCUGUCAUUACUAGUGGCUUCCCCAAUGGGAGGUUUUUCUCUCAGCUGCAAUUGCAUUAUGUCCAAAGGCCGCACCUUCCUCUCCUUUGAGCACAGCACAGAGCUUAACCCUCGAGAAUCAGUGAUUCAGGGCUGGGUCUCUCCACUUUCAUCAGCGACUUGAGUGACAGCCUCUGAUGCCAUCUAACAUCCCAAUAUGAGGUUUGACUUUUUCAGGUAUUUGUAAACUUCAUCCUGGAGGACUAGAGACAGCCCAGUCCAGAGGACCUGGUUCCAGGAGGUGAUAAUGGAGACCUAUGUGCUCCUGGUCUCACUGGGUAACAGCUCACCUCUGCUCCAUUCAUGGACCUGCUGCCUAUUUGGUUCUGUCCUCUCUGUCCAGGACUGGCUGGUUGAGAAGACCACUGGCACGCACCGUCCUUCUUCCCUGCAUUCCUCACCAUGUUCUGGACCGACGUCCUCUAUUCUAACCUUUCUGUCUGCACCAAGGGUCUUUUGGUAAAAAACACAAGUCCUCACCUGAGUGCUCAUCACACUCUAACCACAUCUGAGGUCCCCACUCCAGAUUACACAGAAGGGGAACUGACUAGCCUAGCCUGGUUGGGUCAUGUGUCCCCUCAGUCCAGUUAGCAAGGUCAUGGGUGAUAGGCUGCUUCAGAGAAGAGGGUGAGUCAGGCAGUACUUCUUGAGAAUCAUUUAGCAUCAGUUCAUCCAGGGUAUCUUCUUAAACCAUACAAUCCCAGUUAAAACAGGCUCCUGGUGACUUCCCUUGUGGUCCAGUAGUUAAGACUAAAUACUUCCAAUGAACGGGGUACUGGUUCGAUCCCUGGUCGGCGAAGUAAGAUCCCACAUGCUGCGCAGCAUGGCCAAAAAAAAAAAGGUGGGGGUAGCUCCUGAAUGCUACACCAUUGUCCCUUGUUUCUUAAGGCCUAGACCAUGCUCCUGUGCUGCUUCAGGAGAUGAUUUUAGAGGGUGCACAGAUCUGACAUAAAGUGGAAUGCUUGGAAACCCUGAGAAAGCGAUUCUUUUCCCCUGCUCUUUCCCUUGCUGCUGUCAGGAGAAAGUCUUCUUGGUAUAGUGCUAGAUCUCUAUUGCCCACUGUUACUAAUAUCCCCCUCCCCGUUUUUUAUGCCCGAACAGGGACCUGAAACUAAUAUCCCUUUUUAAUAGAGGGGGCACCCGUGAGCAUACCCCAUGGGGUCCCUGGGACUUCAGAGCAUUAUUUUGAUUUCAUUGUAUUUUCAUGGUAAACUUCCACUUGUCCCAAGUCAAACUGGUUUUCCCAAUUAGCAGAGAGAUACAAAUAUUCUUUUUAAGAUGCAAUCUAUAUAAGAAAAAUAAAAUAUAGGUCAUUUAAAAGAGAAUUGUAACACUGGCCACAACCAAGUUCCCGUAAGCACAGAUCAGGUGUCAGGUUUGUUGCAGGCACUGUUCAGACUCCAUUCCUUGAAUUCCAACAUCCUGUCCUCAGCAAAGUAAGGAAAAUACAGCCACUGAGCGAGUCCCUCAGAAACCUCAAGUUAUUCAAUGUAGAAGAUGUGCCGCCUUUAUGAGGUGCCAACCUGUGCUUUCUUUGCUGCUAAAAGUCCUUUUUGUGACCACGCUGCACGGCAUGCAAGAUCUUAGUUCCCAGACCAGACCAGGGAUCGAACCCCUGCCCCCUGCAGUGGGAGCACAGAGGCCUAACCACUGGAUUGCUAGGGAAUUCCCUAAAAGUCCUUUUUAAAAAUGAAAUGUAAGUGAGUGUAGAUGAUAGUUAAUGUCCUUUCUGCACCAAAUCACCAUGUAGAUUUUCUGAUUUUUAAAAAAAUUUUACAGGUCCAUGAAAUAUCAAAAUUUGGGAAUGACCAAGUCAUCCCCUCACACAGAUAACCCUUUCUCAAGGAUUAAAUACUCCAGAUCACCUCCCUCUCACAUGGCUACCUUCUCCAAGAAUGCUGGCCCUACACAGGGCUGUGCACUGUUUCCUCCUCAGUGUAGCACUCAGGAGGCCGAGUCCUGGAGCCAUAGCUCCUGGUGAGAAUCCCAACUCUGCUUCUCACAGGCUGUAUGGCCCCAGGCAAGUUUCUGAACCUCUCCCUGGCUUAGAGUCCUCCUUGACAGAAUGGGGUAAUAUGGUAUUUAUGUCACAGUACUAUUGUUUGUCUAAAUGGGUUCAUGUAUGAAAACUGACCAGUCUGUUACUUCCUGACUGUGCAGGUCUGAGGUGUGAUCUCUGUUGCCAUCACUGCUCCUGUUGAUACCACCAUCAUCAUCAUCAUUAUCCUCAUUAUCAACAUGCCUGAACUUGGCACCUUCUAGAGCAGUGUUGUGAAGCGUUGUAGUUCAAUAGUACAGAUGCCAGAGACAGCCAACCUGGGUCCCCAACUGAAUCAGCUGAAUAUCAGUUACAUACCAUUCAUCUGUCUCAAUUCACUUGUUAUUGAUAGUUGAGUUGUUUCCAGCUUGGGGAUGUUAAAGAUAAAGCUGCUGCAGACAUUUAUAGCUAGUCUUCAUGUGGAAAUGCGUUUCAUUUAUUUUGAACUAAGAUUUGUGAGUAUAAUUCCUGAGUCAGAUGGUAGGUGAAUUUUUUGUUGUUAAGAAACACAAAAUUUCAGUUUCAUUGACCUUUUCAAUUUUUUUUUAGUCUCUAUUUCUG